AUGUGGCCUGCAGCCAGCGUAGAAAAUUUAGGUUCCGUACUGCGUGAAAGUGUUUAUUCUCGGACAUUUUUGUUAUCUGGGGAUAUUUAUCCCUUGGUUGGUAAAAGUUUUCAUCGGAAUUCAGGUGCAGAUAUAUACAUUCCAUCUGAGGCGAGUGGUGUUUUAAUGCAAACUGCUUCUGCUGAUGUAUCUGAUACAUCAGGCAAUGCAAAAAAGCACACGCGGAUUCUAUUCGAUAGUGGCAGUCAGAGAAGCUAUCUAUCUCAGGACUUAUGUAAGACUUUAAAAUUAAAACCGUUAAGAAAGGAAAAGGUUAUUGUUAAGACUUUCGGAAGUGACGAUUCCAGGGUUCAGGAUCUCCAAGUUUACCAGGUUAAGAUUAAACAUAAGAACUGUCAUGGAUUUUGUUUUGUUGAAGCAUACUGUGUUCCAAAUGUUUGUAGUCCGUUGACCCACCAAUACCUUGAGUUUGUAAAAGCAAGUUACCCUCAUGUGGAAGGUUUAGAGUUGGCUGAUAGAAACGUGAAUUGUCGGGAUUUGAAUGUAAACUUAUUGAUUGGGCUAGAUUUCUAUUAUAGUUUUUUUACUGGGAAAAUGAAAAAGGGUUCGGGGGGACCUGUAGCAUUGGAAACUACGUUGGGUUGGGUCUUAAGUGGAAAAUACGAGUCCGAGGAGCAGAAACAGCACUGUUUGCAAACACAGCAUGUUAUGAAAGUGGAAGUUGAGAAGAAAAAUGAGUUACUAAGAAAUGAGUUAAAGAAAUUUUGGCAGGUUGAAUCUGUAGGGGGUCAAGAAAUUUCUGUAAUUAAUGAUUUUGAAAAUCAUAUUUAUCAUGAUGGAUCACGCUAUGUGACAAGGUUACCUUUCAAGCCUGAUCACGAUCCAUUACCUGAUAAUUAUUUUGUAAGCGAAAGAAGACUUAGAUCCACGGCCAAGAAACUGCAUGCUCUAGGAAUUUAUGAUGACUAUGAUAACAUUUUUAAGCAAUACGUCCAGGAAGGUAUAAUUGAAAAAGUAGGUCGCAAUGAAUUAAUCAGAGAAAGUGGUAAUGUCCAUUAUCUCCCACACAGGGCAGUUGUGAGGGAAGAUAAGUUUCGGUUGAACAAGAUUGCAAUUAUUGCCGAUAUCAGGCAAGCUUUUUUAAAUAUUAGUAUUGAUCAACCUCACCGUGAUUUUUUGCGAUUCUUAUGGUUUGAGGAGAACAAAGUGGUAAUUUAUCGUUUCCUCAGAGUUGUUUUUGGUUUAACAAGCAGCCCUUUUCUUUUAAAUGGAACAAUUCGUCAGCAUUUAAAUAAAUUCUUAGAUAUGUAUUCCGAGAUUGUGAAAAAAUUGGGUGAAGAUUUGUAUGUAGAUGACACGACAACCGGUUGUAAUUCUGUUGAAGAAGGGAAAAAAUUUCAAGAAGUUGCCGUGGAUGUGAUGAGUAAGGCUGGAUUUGAAUUAAGGAAAUGGUUUACUAAUAAUAAUGAACUACAAGUUUUUUUUGAUAGGCGAAAGGGGUGUGAUAAGACUAUUGGAGAUGACAUGACUUUUGCUAAAAGCCAAGUUAAUGGAAUAAAUAAAGACUAUAGUCAUAAGGUUUUAGGAUUAACAUGGGAUAAACACACUGAUUGUUUUCUGUUUGAUUUUAACGAAUUUAUCAGAAAAUCUAAGGCAUGUUCUUUCACAAAGAGGAAUGUUUUAAGUUUAUCUGCUUCUAUGUACGAUCCACUUGGAAUUAUUUCUCCUAUUACAGCUCAAAUUAAAACUUUUUUUCAGUCCUUGUGCGUGGAUAAAUCGGAUUGGGAUGAAGUUAUUUCAGGUGGUAUUGAGGCUAGAUGGAUCGAUCUGUUAGAAAAAAUUGAGUUUUUGAGCGUAGUCCGCGUACCAAGGUUUUCCUUCGUUGAUUGGACCGAAGUUGUAUCUGCAGAGUUGCAUGGGUUUUGUGAUAGUUCUCUUAGUUUAUACUGUGCUCUUGUCUAUGUGAGGAUUGUUACCAAGGUUGGGAUCAAAGUAUUUUUUUGGACGUCGAAGACCAGGGUUUCACCACUGAAAACUCUUUCUAUCCCUAGGCUUGAACUAUUAGGAUGUUUAUUGCUUUCUACUUUGAUUGAGGAUGUCACGAGGGCUAUUGCUGGAAGGAUAAAAAUAGAUCGCAUUGUUGGCUGGACAGACUCACAAGUAGCUCUUUGUUGGAUCAGGGGUAAAGAGAGAACUUGGAAGUCCUGGAUUGAGAAUAGGGUGGUGAAAAUAAGGAAAAUUGUUUCACCUGACAUGUGGUUUCACGUAGCUGGCGUAGAGAAUCCUGCUGAUCCACCAACAAGAUCUAUCGAUGAUUUUGUGAGUCUUUUUAAUGGUAUUUGGUUUAACGGUCCUUCUUUUCUUUUAAACGACAACAUUCAUUAUGACGUAACAACUGACUUUUCAAAAACUGAAGUGGAAAAGGAGCUAAAAGCUUCGACUGACAUACAAAACGUACUGACUGUUACUGAACAGAAUGCGGUUGACUUGAACGAAAUCGUUGAUUUCUCUCGAUAUGGAUCAUUAAACAAAUUAAUUCACGUCGUAGCCUACGUUAUUCGCUUUAAGAACAAUUUGAUAGCAAAGAUACGUAAAAAUGAAGAAUCAAACAACGAUGAAAACCUGAAUGUCGAUGAAGUAACCAAAUCUUUGGACCAUAUUGUACGUGCCGAACAGCAAGCUAUGACCAAAAAUUCGAAUUUUAAUAAAACAAAGUCGAAUUUAAAUGUUUACCAGGAUACUGAAGGAUUUUUUAGACUGAAAAGUCGUUUUGGUGAAUCAAAGUUAACAGACGAUCAAAAGCACCCGCUUUUACUUCGAGAAGGAAGUCAUGUGACAAUGUUAAUCGUUCGAAAUGCCCACGAAGAGGUAUUGCAUUUUGGAGUGGAAUCAACGUUGGCGAAGAUUAGAGAAAGAUUUUGGAUUUUGCGUGGCAGGAAGACAGUGAGAAAUGUUUUACGACGAUGCGUAAUAUGUCGGCGAUUUCAAGGACGAACGAUGACCUCACCAGAAAGUCCGGAUCUUCCUGUUUUCCGAGUGGAUCAUCUGACGCAAGCUUUUGCUACGACAGGGCUUGAUUACGCCGGUCCUCUAUUUGUAAGGAUUCACGGACAUUCCUGCUCAAAGGUAUACAUUUUACUUUUUACUUGUGCUAGUAGUCGCGCAAUCCACCUUGAACUCACGCCUGACAUGAAAUCACCUGCGUUCAUCCGAGGCUUUAAGCGAUUCGUUUCAAGAAGAGGAAAACCAAAUGAAAUUGUAAGUGACAAUUUCAAAACAUUUAAGUCGUCCGAGGUUAAAGCUUAUAUGUUAAAAAUGAGAAUUGGUCAACGCUUCAUUCUACCAGCCUCCCCAUGGUGGGGUGGAUUUUAUGAACGUCUUGUUCGUUCCGUAAAAACAUCUCUUAAGAAAAUACUAAGAAAGUCGUUUCUAACGUUUGAAGAGUUACAAACUGUUUUAUGUGAAGUCGAGAGUGUAAUCAAUUCAAGACCACUCUGUUAUGCGAGUGAUGAAGACGUUGGAGCUAUGAUCACCCCUAAUCAUCUUAUCUUUGGGAGAUCAUUGAACCAUGCUACAACUAAUAAUCAACCGAUUACUGUAUUAGAUGUGACCGAAUGCACUCGAAGAGUCCUUCGUUUAAGAACAGUCUUAGAACAUUUUUGGAAACGCUUUAAAAGGAAGAAGACAGCAGACGCAGAGUUGAGGCUGAAUGAUAUUGUACUCAUCAAGGACGACACACCCACACCACGCUCGCAAUGGAAAAUCGGAAAGAUAGAAAAAUUAAUUGUUGGAAAGGACGGUCGAACUCGAGGUGCAAAAUUAAAAGUGAAUUCGACAUCAGGCCGGUCAACUUAUGUGCAUCGACCUGUUCAAAAGUUAAUACCGUUCGAAGUGAUAGAAGAAGAGGUGAAGGCAACUGAGGCGGAAGAUAAUCAACUUUAUCCUAUGGUCAUCGACGAACAGAGUUCAGGUAGUUCAGGUGGUGCGUGCGAUGAACACCGCGUAGAAAGUAGAACAAUACGUUGUAUUUUGAUUGGUUUAUUUUACGGCGCAUGCGUUAAUGUAAAAACGUUGUAA